UCUGAACUGGGCAUGCUCCACCUUUGCGGUCAGAACGGUAGAUCUGCAAUCUAGCGUGAGGCCGAGUCACUCUGGAUCAAGCACCAGGAGAGUGUGUGUGAGCCCCGUGGAAGGAGCCGCGGAACAAUUCUCACAUGGGAGAAUGACAAUUUGUUACGAAAGCAGUAGAAUGAGGGAUUCUUUCUGGCUGGGAGAUGCCAGCGUUGGCUGUGCCUGUGCGAUAGGCUGGCUGCCCACAUUAAUGUCUCCGUACAGCGGGCGCUAGCAAAGAGCCAAUUCACUGCAGGCACGGAGAGCGGGUGAGCAAGUGAGUGAGAGAGAGAAAAAGAGAGGGAGGAGAAAGACUGAAGCUGAGCGCUCUCCCGCCUGGAGAGCAGGCGGCAGCUGGAGCAGGCUCCACGGGUCCUGAUGGGGAGAGACAGCCGGCACCCAGGCUCCUGUCCAGCCUCGCUCUCCCAGCAGCAUCCCGGGAUUACACUAGGCAUCUGGAGGCAGCGAGUGCCGACUCCCUCCUCACUUUUGGAGAUACUUUCUGUUAUUCUGGCCUGUGGGGAGAAUAAGUCAGUGCCACUCUCAUUUCUGGUGGCUUUCUUAAGCGCACCAGCCGGCUGCGAUUCUGGUGCCAUUGCAGACUGACUGUGCCUGAACUUCCUCUCUCUGGUGGGGGUGUUUAGUGAGGUUUCGGAAGUGCUGACCUACUUCAGCUCAGUCAGCUUCUAUUUGGGCUACUCCUUUUCUCGCUGUAGGAGCCUGGCACUGCCCGGCUCAGCAUGUGGCUAGGUGCCCGUUGGUCGGGACGUCGGGCCAGCCGCGGUGGGUAGGGCUGGCACCUGAUGCGACCCCCUUCUCCUUCCUUUUGCUCUACCAUGUUUGCCAGGAUCUUCAUCCCCAAGAAACACCGGGAACGUUUCGAUGAGAUGGUGUCCCAGGGCCUCCUGCAGCGGGUCCGCCGGGGACGGAGCCUCAGCAGCCCGGGUCAGAACCGACUCCGCCGCAGCCGCAGCGAGGACCACCCUGAGCGGCUGCUGGUGUCCACACGUGCCAGCUCUGUUCCCCGUUCCUCUGUGGCCACGGAGGACAUCCCCGGCCCCCCGCCGCCCGCCCGCGGCCUCAGGAAGACCACCUCCCUGGUGGUGGGUCACAGCAGCUCCACCAUUGGCUACAGGACCGUGCGUGUCUACAAGGGGAACAAGAGCUUUGGGUUCACGCUCCGGGGCCACGCUCCUGUCUGGAUCGACUCCGUCAUCCCAGGUACGACCGUGUCCCACCCUGCAAGUCUCCGCGACUGCAUGGCGUGUGUCUGCAGCUGGUCUGCUGAUAGGUUGCGACCAGGGUAUGUUCACUCCUCACACCUUCUGCACACACCCUCUGCAGCAUAAUAUGCAGAGCACCUGUUUGGAGUGAGUCCUGUAAUCCCAGCAUGCGUGCAGCUUGUGGUGCAUGGGAGUGUCAGCUAAAGCAUGAGCACUGAUGCAAGCGUUACUUUUUGUACUAAGUACUUAACUGUCGACUAAAUAUAUUAUUCCGAAAUGUCAUCAUUGAAACGUCUUGCUUGUUAGAGGGUCUUAAUUA